AUAAAAACCUUUAUAGCCUGAGAGAGAAAAUGUUUCAAUCCCCGGGUGAAGAAGGAUUUAAAAAAAAAAGAUACAAUCUGUAAAUUACGAAGGAGAAGACAGUACAUUUACUGAAAAGUAAGUGUCUGUAUAUCUCAAAACGUGAUACACAAGUUAAAAGUUACGUACAAAACUGAACAGGUGCCUAAGACAUACACAAAACACACCACGAGACCUCAAUAACAUGAAAAAUAAUACGGACCCAAAAGAAAAGGGACACAACAGGUCACUGUUGGGGAGACCCUGCUUGACUGUCCUUGUAGCUCCUAGCAGUGAGGGAAGAAAAGCUGAGGUGGCCUUGGCAAACACUUUCUCACAUGUGGGUUUGGCACAAAGCAGAAUGGCUCAGAAACCCCAGUGUCAGCAGGAUUUGAGACAGGAGACUCCCACGGGCCUCUGGUGAACACACUCAUAAAGUCCAAGGAGAGUUCUUUCUGGCCAGGCCUAUCACCUUGUCCCCACUGUACUAUGCAGUUUAAGGUCACUCAGAAAACACCCUCUAAAGUCUGGCGUCCACCGGUGCCACAGAAUGGAAGGAAGCAGGUAUUUGAGCACCCUGGACUUCCAGGGCUCUGUGUUCAUGAUACCUACCUGCAUGCUGUCCUCUCUCUGUGGUCAGGGUCUAUCCACACGCACCUACAUCCUCCGCGACCACUUCCUGUGGCACAGACCCCGUGUUACCACAAAGGCGGGGAGUAAGCAGAAGUAGCCUUGGUUGGUGUAGACCAAGCAGAGGAGGGUAGGGAGAGAGGCUUCCUCAGGACUCAACAACUGUAUUUGUGGGGUGUAGAGCCAUGCCCAAUCACCACUGCAAGAUUACAGUCUCCUGUCCUUAUUUGGUUGACUGAUGUUUGUGGGGCUGGAGAUGGAGACCCAGGAGUCUUCAUAUGCAAGCAGCUGCCCUUUCCUCUCCUCUUUUAGCCAAGAGCUCAGUUUGGAGUGAACCACGCUGUGACUGUUUCUCCUUUCGCUGGGUAAUAAGUUGUCCAAACAGGUGCGACUCCUUCCCCAGCCCCACAGUCAUAGCGGUGGGAGCACCACACUGUGGGUGAACUCAACCCAGGCUUCUCUAGAUCACACUGUAAAGGGACCAUAUGGCAGGUAGUUCUCUCAACAAAGACAACCGAGGGUCGAGUUUUCCAGCCAAAAUGGUGUCUCCAGGAAUUAAGGAACUGAAAUCUUUUGGCCACCUCGAAACACAUUCCAGUCUGACAAUUGAACUUUUUUGUUGUUCUUGAGACAAGGUUUCACUAUGUAGCCUUGGCUAUCCUAGAACUCAAUCUGUAGACCAGGCUGGCCUUGAACUCAGAGAUCUGCCUGCUGCUGCCUUCCGAAUGCUGGGAUUAAAGGCGUGCACCACCACUAGCUGGCUAACACCAGCUAACACUGGCUAUGUGUAUGCAUAAGUACAUGUGCAUGUAUACGUGCAUGUGAUAUAAAAAGAGUGGAGGUCAAAGGACAACUAAAGGGAGCCGUUCUCUCUUUCCAUUAUGUCCAUUACUCUUCAGAAGUGAUGUUGACCCAGAGAUGGUCACAAAACAGAAUUCUGUUUGUUUGUUUGCUUGCUUGCUUGUUUUUUAAGACAAGGAUUUUUCUAUGUAGCCCUGGCUGUCUUGAAACUUGCUCUGUAGACCAGGCUGGCCUCAAACUGGCAGAGCCCUGCCUUUGCCUCCUGAACACUGGUGUUAAAGGUGUGUGCCACCACCUCCCAGCCCCAGAAUUCUUUUAAAAUGUCUAUUACGUUUAUUUGUAAGUGUGUGUGUGUGUGUGUGUGUGUGUGUGUGUGUGUGCAUGUACAUGUACACUCUGCCGUUGUGUGUGCCAAGGUCAGCUUGCAGGUCUCCUUUCAUAUGCGGGUUCUAUGAAUCACAGGAUAUCUUUACCUGCUGAUCUAUUUCGAUGGCCUACACAUCAAGAUUUUUAUAUCCCACAUUCCGGGUCCAACUUGAGACUCUUCCCAGAGCUUCUAAAACUUGUUGUCUUGGACCUACAAGAAUAGCGUUCAAGGUUAGGCAUGAUAAUUCACACCUUUAAUCUCAGCACUGGGUUGGCCAAGGUAGGACUGAGUUCAAGGCCAGCCUAGGCAUUAGCAUGUUCAAGGACAACCUAGAAUACAUAUAAAGACCAUGUUUCAAAAAACCUAAAAGAAGGGCUAGAGAGAUGACUCAGUGGGUAAGAGUGUUUGCAGUGCAAACAGGAGGACCUGAGUUCUAAUCUCCACCAUCCAGGCAAAAGCCAGACCAUUCUUACUUCCUCAGAACCAAAUCCUGUGUUCAAAACUCAGCUUAACUCCCUGACUACAUCCUUGAGCAAGUCAUUGUUAGGGGUGUACAGAAAUCCGAGUCUGCUCUCUGUAUAGUGGCGGAAUGGUGCGCUGUGUAGGCCUGGGAUCAGACUUGACCUCCUCAGUUAGAGAGAGCUGUCUCUCACUCUACGUAGACAACAGUAAAGAGAGCCGUGGAGCCCUUUUCCCACAGAGGUUCAUUACUUGUUGGGACUCCUGGUUUUGUGAAUAACUGGCAGAAUCCUCCCUGCCCAACCUCCAGGUGCAACUUGUAGCGUCUUUGUCCUUUCUCCGCUUCCUUCUGACAGUCUGUGGUCGUUUUUUAUAGCUGAGCAUUAACUUCCCCUAGGAGCAUCUUCAAGCAGAUGGGCUUCCCAGGCACCAGGAGUGGGAACUUAGCAGCUGUUCUCACCCUCUGGAUCCAGGGUGCUUUUUCCACUUGAACUCCUGGCCGUCCCGGGAGGAGGCGCGAUUGUUUUGCAUGGUGGCUGUACUUUGAUUCCGUUGACUGGGGCGGAGGCGUGAACUUCCUACCCCUCACUGCUUUCUUCCUUUUCUUUUUAACACAGAGAGUAAGGACCUUUUGCAGCUGAACACGACUAGUGGCAGGAAGUGGAGCACAGGCAUGGAUCAGCUUCUAGCAGGGGUGUGGCCUGGGCUUUCUGCCCUCCUCUGAUUCCAGCAACUCCUGAGGGACUGAGCGAGCACUCCCUAGUUGAAAAGAGAGGGUCAGUGUGAAGGCUCAGGCAGCUGGGCCAAGUCUGCUGGGAGAGCACGAGGGACACACCUGCUGGUGAGUGCUUGCUGCCCCGCUAUCAGUUAACGUGGCAGGCACAGUGCAGACUUCAGUCAAGGGCAUGGGCGAAGGGCAUGUUUGAGACAGGUGUGUGAGUGAGGACUGCGCUGAACGCUCUGGUUUCUCACACCUGAGAAGCUCUGCUAGGUGUUCAAAUUACGGAAAUACGCUCAUGCCAGUGCAGCUCUGCCAGGAGGAAGCUCGGGGCAGGAGCCGGGCCAAGCAACAGUUGGCACGAUAUGGAGCGUCGGGGCAAGAUGGAAUUUUUCCAGAAACUGGGCUACAGCCAGGAGGACGUGGUCAGGGUGCUGGGCAAACUGGGUGACGGUGCCUUGGUCAAUGACGUGCUGCAAGAGUUGAUCCAGACCGGCAGCCGCCCAAAGGCCCAGGAGGAUCCAGCCAAUGGCACCGGGAUAGUGCUCAUGCCUCGGGGAUGCUGCGGGGUUCGAGACUCUGCCCAGCAGGGCCUGGGACUAGGCCUAGAAGAGGCUGGCGGAGAUCCAGCCAGCUUCCUGCGGCCCAUAGUGAUCGAUGGCAGCAAUGUGGCUAUGAGUCAUGGAAAUAAAGAAGCCUUCUCUUGCCGGGGAAUUCGUCUGGCCGUGGACUGGUUCAGGGACAGAGGACACACCUACAUCAAGGUUUUUGUCCCAUCUUGGAGAAAAGAGCCAUCAAGGUCUGAUACCCCUAUCAGAGAACAGCACGUGUUGGAGGAACUGGAGCGACAGGCUGUGCUGGUGUACACCCCAUCCCGCAAGGUGAACGGCAAGCGAGUGGUCUGCUACGACGAUCGCUACAUCGUGAAGCUGGCCUAUGAGAAGGAUGGCGUCAUUGUCUCCAAUGACAACUACCGGGACCUGCAGAAUGAGAACCCGGAGUGGAAAUGGUUCAUUGAGCAGCGGCUACUCAUGUUCUCCUUUGUAAAUGACAGGUUCAUGCCUCCUGAUGACCCCCUCGGCCGUCGAGGACCAACACUAAGCAAUUUCCUAAGCAAGAAGCCAAGGCCCCCAGAGCCAUCCUGGCAGCACUGUCCCUAUGGCAAGAAAUGCACCUACGGGGUCAAGUGCAGAUUCUACCACCCGGAGAGACCACACCAAGGGCAGCUGCCGGUGGCAGACGAACUCCGUGCCAAGACGCGGGCUUGGCCGGGUGGUGGCGCCGGGGAGUCGCGGCCACCGAGCGCCCGGAGCCGUCCCGGAGCAGCCCGGCCGCUUCCCCUGGAGCCCGGCGCUCACAACCCCACGCCGGCCCCGCAGCCCGCGGCCCUGACAGCCCUGAACCAGAGCUUCGCUCGGCUGACCUUCAGCGAUACUGCGGCCAGUGGCGUCGUGUCCCUGUCGCGUGGGCCUGACCGGAUGCCCACGAGUGGUCCCACGUCCUGGGCCUCGCCAUCCCUUCGCGCGGGCAGCGUUGCCACCCAAGGGUCGCCGGGUCUGCGGUGCCUCCGGACUCCGAACAGCCUGCUCUCUCCGGGCGAUCUCGGGUCCCCAAUCUGCCCACAGUCCCAGCCAUCGGACAGACACUGUUCCAGGGGCAUGCACAGUGACCUGCCUCCCCAGCGCAGACCGCCGGAAGACCCGUGGGCCUUCCUGCCCAGCUCCUAUGGUUAUUUGAAUCACUCGGUUUGGGCUGAGUCGGCUUGGAGCGAGAACACCUUUGGAAGACCUUCGGGGUCAGCACAAUCCACCAUCAACAGUGGGGGAACUCGCGCUUCACUCUGCAGCGCCUUCCCAUCUGACCGAGAGGACCCUGUUAUGGCCUCGGAUCCUGUGCUCUCAGACGUGGCCCUGCGCACCCUCCUGCAGAGAUCCCAAAAGACUGGUGCUCCGUUGGGGGAUCCUUAGGGGACAGGUUCAUAACACUGCAAGGGGUGGUGGCCCAGGCUUGACUCUCUGCUUGGGUAGGUGGGAUACAAGAUGCUUGUUAAUUUGGAUGUGUCCCUGCAGUUGAACGACAUUUUUUAAAGGUGGUCUCGGUGGGAGCUUUCUCAAUCCUCAGUGGUGGAUACCGGUGGGGAUCUUGGGGAUGCUCUCUGAAGCCAGGGUCUGCUUCAUGAGCAGGAUGAUUUCUGAUGUAUUUGGAAGGCUUUGUCCAGAGCACAUCUAAAUCCGGUUCUAACUAGCAUCCAAAAAUGUUUCAGCUGGUCAUCACCGCUAGCCAAGGUGAUUGGCCUGAGUUUGACAUAAACUCUUGGAGUGUGUGUGUGUGUGUGUGUGUGUGUGUGUGUGUGUGUGUGUGUGUGUUUAGAAUUCUAGAAAACCAGGAGAACUUAACAUGUCGUUGUAGUUGAAAGAUUGAAAAAGGCUGGUAAGUCAGUCUUGACUUUUGUGGUGUCAAAUGAUGUAUAACACAUGUUCAGGUGACACAGGAAGGAAGGAAGGUAUUGCUGUCUGGAGUUUUCAAGUCACUAUUGCUAAUCUCACUCAUAGGGGAAACUCAGCCUUGUGUAAAUUUUACUGUGGGGUUGUCCCAGGGGAACUUGAUCCUACGGGUCUCCUCCCUGGGUUUUUAUUCUUUUUGUACAUACAUACCAUAUUACCGAAACAUCACAACACACACGCACACGUACACGCACACAACCUUGCUCAAGACUCAGCCUGGCUUUUUUUUUUUUUUUUUAAAUCAGCCUUCCUUUGUGUGAUUCUACAAAAUUUAAACUGCACCUUAUAGAGAUAGGAUUUCAAUCUACCCACCACCCCCUUAAAAAACAACAACAACAACAACAACUCAGCAGUCAACAACAAUCCAGGUUGGUCAGCAUAGAGUUGGAUUCUGGUAGAGGUUUAUUGCAACUUUACUUAGCUGUGUCUUCUAGAUAACUUCUGCUCUGGGUUUUGUGGGGAGGAGAGGCUCAUUCAUUCACAAGGGACAAGAAAUGAUACAGUGUUGCUGGGGCAUGGGCCCAGCAUUCUGAGGGAACCCAGCAUCUGUAGGCUGCACCCACAUGUUCCAGUUACAACGGCAGCCUGCCAGGUUGUAACUCAUUUGUUCCUGAGGGACUUAGUAGUUCAUUUGGUCAGAGAGAGUCAGAAGGGACCUGCCAAUGGGACCUGUUUGCCAAAGCCUCCGAGUUCCUGCAGUGUGGUAGGCACAUUUGGGAAACACCCCUUCAUUGCCUCAGGGAAAAUGCCGUUGCAGUAUUCAUGGUAAACUUGACUCCUUGGCACCAGGGUAGCCAUAUGGCUUCCUGGAAGUCCUCCCUCUUUUAAAACCACCUUCUUAGCAUGGCUUCUUGUGGAUCUGUUCCUCACACCCUUUUCAAAACGUAUGCUAUUCUCAGACUGUUGCUUCUUAUCUUGAGUCCCUGUCCUGAAGAGGGUUUGCUCUUUCUAGAUCUUUUGAAGUUUUUCCUCGUGUGUGUGUGUGUGUGUGUGUGUGUGUGUGUGUGUGUGUGUGUGUGUUCUUUUCAUAGGACUCUUAGAGCCGCUGUUUGAUUCCCUGGUCUUGUCCCCUGCUUCAAAUCAAUCCAUUGCGAAUUUACAGUUGGAAAUGUUUAAACUGCUUCCUAUGAAGACAAGUUUGAGUUUUAGUAAGCUGUAAAGCUAUUUUAUUUGGUUCACUGUGAUUAAGAAAAAAGGGAAGGAAAAAAAGAGGUGUGUGUGUGUAGGGGAAAGAAACAACACAUCUCAGAUGUAAUCACCUUUGGAAAAUUCCAAAGUCUUAGUAUGUCCUUGUGACACAAAACGGUGGAUGAGAGACAUAAAUGAACUGUCCCUAGUUGCAUAGCUGUUAACCAUGCUCCAAAAAUAAACCACCUUUUCCACACCUGAA